UUCGGCAGAGCAUUUUGGGGUUUUGCUUUUCACUUCCGACAGGACCGGCGGUAACAGGGAAGAUCCCGGUGGGCGCCCAGCCCGCAGCCCGUCCCGUCACUUAUCGACGAUCUGGCGCCGGGCAACGGCCGGAGGCGGAGCAAAACACAAACGGAGAAGGCCGUCGUUACAUUCCCAGUGUUCCCCGUGCCCUGCCAAAGCCGCGGGAGCCGGCCCAGGCUAUGGAGCAGGGCGGCGGCGGGCCCGGGCCCAGCGGCGGGAGCUCGGCCCCAGCGCGGGCCGCGGCCGCGCUCCCUGGCGGCCGUCGCCGGGAGAGCCGGGCCGGCACCGCCCGGGAGGCGCGGCCCGAGCCGCCCUCGGGCGCGGGGCUGCCGGGGGAGCUGGCCCGGUGCUGCUGGAUGGCGCUGCGCUGCGAGCCGCUGCCGCCGGAGCCUUCCGCAGGUACCGCUCCCACCCCGCCCGGCCCGGCCGGCAGCUCCCGCUUUACUCCGGUGGAGAGAACCUCUCCCCUGGUACCCUGCUUGCAAAAGCGAAGGAGCCGCUUGUGAGGAGUGAUGGAGAACCUCCAGCACCUUUUCUGGUUGGACAAGAGUACUAUGAACAGGGGUUGUAUAAAGAAGCAUUAGAGCAAUUUGAAAAAAUCAAGGAUACAGAUUUUCAAGCAAUGUAUCAGCUUGGUGUAAUGUAUUAUGAUGGACUUGGCACUAAAAAAGACCCUGAAAGGGGAGUGGAAUACAUGAAUAAAAUACUCAACUCUGAUUCCCCAGAAGCAAAACACUUGAAGUUUGCAGCAGCCUACAAUCUUGGCAGGGCUUAUUAUGAAGGAUGUGGUGUUAAACAUUCAACUGAAGAGGCUGAAAGGUUGUGGCUUACUGCUGCAGACGAUGGAAAUCCAAAUGCAUGUAUAAAGGCCCAGAGUACUUUAGGAAUGCUUUAUUCUUUGCCAAUUGUAGAAGAUCUGGAGAAGGCCUUUUUCUGGCAUUCAAAAGCAUGUGACAAUGGAAAUCUGGAAUCACAGGGAGCACUUGGCAUUAUGCAUCUCUAUGGACAAGGUACAUGUCAAAACACUGAAGCUGCUUUGGAGUGUUUAAGAAAAGCAGCAGAACUUGGAAACAUCUAUGCUCAAGGCCAUCUUGUGGAAUAUUACUACACUAGAAAAUUUUACUCAAAAGCUGCUGCAGUAGCCGCAAGGGUUAUGGAAAAUGAUGACAUCAACAUGCUAGCCAAGAUAACUGAUUGUCAUCCAACAUAUGUAGCCCAGGGGGCUGCUAUGGCUGCUUUCUACUUGGCUAGAUGCCUCCAGCUUGGCCAAGGCAUAAAGAAAAACCAGCAUGCUGCUGAGCAGUAUUAUUCCAAAGCAUGCCAUCUGGAUCCUGCUGUUUCUUCUCACCUUCAACUGGCAGCUAAUCUUGGGAGAAUUUAGUGUUUCUUCUAACUGUGACUGGUGUAUAAAUAUAUUCCCUACAAUAAACCAUCAUUAAUCUCCAGCAAUUACAGACUGUUCAUCACUUAAAGCUUGCUUUUCAACUUUGUAUAAAUUAAGAUUUAAAGCAAUUCACUGGUUUAUUUUAUCUAAAAUAAAGAGAAGGUCAAAAGCUCACACUCUCUUUAACUCAGAUGAAGCCAAGACAGAUUUUUUAAAAAUCAUAUUGAAGACUUAAUGGUUUAUUAAGGACAUUUCACUGGGACAGAUGUAUUUUCUUCAUGUCAUAUUGCUACAUAGCACAUGAAUCAUAUCAAACCAAAUAAAGAUGGUUGUUUCCUUUCUGCAUAUAUAAUAUUUAAAUUUUAAUAUUCUGAAAAGCUUGAACCCAAACUUGUCUUAUUUUCACAUACAGCCCACUCACAGGCCAUGACCAUUUUUAAAGCUUGUUAGUGGUGCUUUUAUUUUCUUCCACAUACUUUCUAAAGCAUCUAGAUUUACUUAAGAGUAAAUUAAAGGAGUAAAUUAAAAGAGAUACAUUUUACUUUUGGAUUGCAGAGACCCAAAGUUGGAAACUGACCAGCAGAACACCAAGCUUUACAAUUCAAACCAUACCAGCUUCUAAAACUAAUAAAUAUUACUCAAGAACUGUGGGGGGAAAGCCCCAGGCAUUAGUAUGGAAAUACUCAAUACACAUUCUCAGGACAAGACCUGUUUUCCUCAAUCCUUCAUAUUGCAUUCACACUGCCUCUGUAUUAGAAAUAGUUGGAAAUCUUCUGGCUAGAAGUAUGUAUGUCUGAGCAAUGUCAAGCCAGAUCUUUUAUCAAAAGAUGCUUUGAUUAACCACUAGAAAAACUUACUGAUUGGUAUGAUAAGCUUGCACAUUUCUAAAUGCCUGUUUACUCAGGAAGCUUUGUAAGUGCAGAAUUUGCCUUGCUUCUUAGGACUGUGCCAUGACUUGAAAACUUUCCUGAAACUGUUGGAACAGAAAGCUAGAUGUUACUAAAAAUGUUGAUUUAAAUAGACCAUACAGACUGUAUGUACUUUACAAUACAGCCAAUCAUAACUGCAAGUAGUUCUAAGAGCACAACUGUACCAAGUUGAGAAGACAGUAAUGAGUGUCAGCUAGGGAUUUUUGAUGAUGUUUAAUUAUUCAGAUGUGCAUUAACAUCAUAUUUACAUGUUUUUACAUAAAUUAAAAAAAAAAAAAAAAAACAA